UUAAACACAUAUUCCACUUUAAACAUAUCCUUUGGAAACUGGAAGGAAUAGAGUAGUGCCAUCAUGGACGAUGACAUCACAAAGUUUCCCAAACAUGAUUUCCUCGAGAGUUACAUGGUCAGGACCAAGGAGCUAGCCAAAAGACAGCGCGAGUAUCGGAAUCUCCUGUUCGGCAAGGUGAUGUCUCGCAAGGAGCUCAUCGUGGCGGCCAGCUACAAGCAGGCCAACAACCAGUUGGAGGAGGAGAAGGACGAACUGAGGGCCCAGAUCUGGGUGGCCGGCGGCAGGCCCUACAAAAAGGAAAACGAGCGCUUCCUGAAGCUUAUCCGCUGCCAUGUCGAGUGCCAGGAGAAUCUCGCCGACGACAUCGGUUCGCUGAAGACCUCCAUUGCCAAUAUGGAGAUGCAGAUCGGUCGUAUGAACAAGCAGUUGUUCAAUCUCAGUCUGAAGACAAUGCCUGAUGACCGGUAUGUUGCCGAGGUUCAGCACAAGCGGAAGAAAUUGAGUCUUCUGGAAAACAGCCUGGAGGUGGGUGUGCGCAUGGAGGGCGCCUUCACGGCCCAGAAUGCGAAACUGCGGGAACAGCUCAUUUUCACCCUGAACACCCGUUCCUUUUUCAACGACUCUUAUACCAAAAUGAUAAGGAAGCUGGACUCUGAAAGGAAGUAUCUCAUCGACCUGGUCGAGUACGCGCUUUCCACCUAUGACAGCUGCAUCGAGAUCUUCGAGAAGAACGAGUUGCUGGCUAAGCGCGACAGGCGGGAGGGGGAACAACGCAAGGUGGAGAUGCAGGGACUGGUGCGGAGAAUUGUAGCCAAGGGGGAUACUUUGGCCUUUUUCGAGUGCAAGGCCAAGCCCAGGGUGCUGGCCGACCUGCAGCCCAAGGAGUACAGGCGCAGGGAAAGGUUCCGGACGAUGCACCGCAAGAAGGUUAACCUCUACGAUUCCAUUCUGAAGAAGAUCAAGGAGUUUACCGAAUCCCGCAACGUGGCCGAGGUCAUCGAAAAGUUCCAGCAGCAGGAGAGCCUCUACUACUCCUACUUCAACUACAACAACGAGAUGAGCUACCACGUCACCAUGCUGAACAACUCGGUGAACCAUCUCUUUCGGGACAUCGUCAGGCUCAGGAAUGAAAAUGUCAACUCCCUGCAGUGGCAGGUCGAGGAGAUAGCCAAAUUGGAGGCGCUGACAGCAGCCAAGCAGGAGUCCAACUCGAAGCUGACGGAAGUUAGAGAAAACAACGAGGCUCUCCUAGAAAGUCUUUUGCAGGGCGUGGAAGCCAUAUGUAAGAUGUGCAACCUGGACAAGACUACCCUAAUGGUGCUGCUCGGCGACCACAAUCACGUCAGCCUGGUCAACCUGAAGCGCUUCCUAAAGCUGCUCGAAACCCGGGUCUAUGAGGUGCUGGCCUCCGUUUAUACCCAGGAGCGUGAAGAUAAGGAUAUUAAGGACCUCGACUAUGUGGUCAAAACCGCCGAGAAGAUCUGCGACACAUUGACGCCCAUAGACGCAAUCGUCCUGACCCAGCAGUGCCCGGAGUGCGCCGAGACAGAUGCCCAGAACAUCGAGGAGGGCGGCGACCUAUCCUACCCACACACGGUCAAGGAGUCCAAGAAGAAGCUCUAUGAGAAGAUCACCCAGCCGGAGAUCCAGUACCGCCUCCACAGCAUCAGCCAAUGCCGCCUGCCCCGCUGCCGUCUCCUGGCCUCGAAGCGGUUUAUGUAG